CAAGAAGAACAAGCACUCACGACGAUAAUAGGAAUCAAAACGCGAACGGAAAAGCCAGCGGUGUCGCGGAACGUGCAAAGUGGGGUCAAAUCAAAGCAGCCAAAGUCCUGCUUACGAAAGUAAACAACGGUGACAGUGCCACUACUGCAGGUGGAGCAGCGUCCAGCAUCCAGCAUCCAGCAUCCUCCUCUAUGUGUGGUUAAGUGUGUCGACUCCGAGUCUACUGUUGCCCCAGGCCCCAGCAGCCACAGCAGGGUGGGAUGAGGGAAGAGCGGCCUUGUUUAUAGGCAGGUGCGCGUCUGUCCCAGCAGAAGAGAAGCAACAGAAGGAGCAGCCUCAACAUAAUUUAAACCUCGAAGAAAAGUGAAAAACGGAAAAACAGAAGGAGCAACGGGAAACGGGGAAAGGAAAACGAGAAAACGAGAAAACGAGAAAACGAGAAAACGCUUCGAUAAUUCGGUUCGUUCGGGUCCAGGAGAGCGGUGGAGCGUGGAGAACGGUGCACAGAGAGCGAGUGCUGUGUAUGUGUAUCCGUGUCCGUGUCCGUGACUGUGUGUGUGUGUGUGUGUGUGUGGCAGCAUCCUGGAAAAGCAGAAGAGCGGAAAAGCAGAGCAAAGCAAAAGCAACAUAAUCAAACAGAAAUAUAAAAACAGAGUUUUCCCCUAGACCCAACUCCUCUUCCAACCCUCCUCCGUCCUGCAAGAAGCCCCAACCAAAUCCCCAACCACAUCCAGCGUGCUGUCAACAAUUUCCCAAUUGUCGUCGUCCUCGUCGCCAUUGCUGUCGGAGCAGUCACCAUCAGAACAAUCAUGGAAUGCCGCUGAGGCCGACCCCAGGAGAACCACAGCAGCAGCCCAGCUCCUCCUCGUCCUCCCACAGUGCACUCAAUGCCAGGCGGCACAGCACAGGGCUUCGUCACCCCACAGCAGCAGCCAUAGAUAUUGCUAUAGAUACAGCUAAAGAUACAGAUACACACGCAACGGCCAUGUCCAGGUCCAUAUCCAUGUCCAGGCAGUGAUUAUCCCUCGCUGUGAGCCAGAGAGCCCCCCGAAAUUCCCAGUGACAAUUAAGUAGAAUCAACUGAUCCAGACUUAGUCCCCCCGGCCCAGACCAAGUUCCAGAACCCAGCACACGGAUUACCCACAGACUGCAGUCCAGUUCCAGCUUCAGCUCCAUCUUCAGUUCCAGUCCCAGAAGAAGAAACGCAGCAAGAUGGCCACAGACUUUCUGUUCCCCAAAAUAGCGGAUUGCUCCUAUGUGUCCUGUUACUGCGAGGAGAACGUGUGGAAGCUCUGCGAGCAGGUGAAGCGGACGCGGCCCGAGGAGCUGGCCACUUGCUAUGCGGUGUUCGUGUCCAACGAGGGUCGCACGGUGCCGCUGUGGCGCCAGAAGGCCGGACGUGGCGACGAUCAAGUUGUGAUAUGGGACUACCAUGUAUUCUUCAUGCACAAUCCCUCGCCGAACCGCUGCCUGGUGUUCGAUCUGGACACCACGCUGCCCUUCCCCACAUACUUUCACAAGUACGUGACGGAGACAUUUCGCUCCGAUCUGGCCCUGCGACCGGAGCAUCACAGAUUCUUCAGGGUCAUACCCGCAGACACAUAUCUCAUUGAGUUCUCCUCGGACCGGCGGCACAUGCGACGGCCGGAUGGAAGCUGGAUCAAGCCGCCGCCCUCAUAUCCACCCAUUCUAUCAAACACAAAUAUGCACUGUCUAGGCGACUUCAUCUGCAUGAGCGCCGGCAAGGGCCCUGGCGCCGUCUACAGCCUCUCGGAGUUCGUGCACAACUUCUACAAGUCGCCAAAUAUGGUGGCGCAGAACAACAAGUAGAGAGGCGGAUCCACAGACACUGUCCACUACACACAUCCGCAUCCAGGCCCACGCACCCACGCACCCACCAUCCACGAAUCCAUGUCCCUUCGGAUCAUGUCGAGAGAUCUUUUUGUCUUUGUGGUGCAGUUGCUUGCCAGAUAGACAGUUAAUUACCAAUUGCAUAUACAUAUAUACAUAUAAACAUACAUAUAUAUAUAUAUACAUGAAUAUAUUUAUGAUAAUGUAUUUUUGUAUUCAGGUUAACAGAAGAAGACACGUCAAGCCGCUCGCCGCGCUCCCGCUGUGCUCUUCAGAUCAUUUGUAUUGAAAUUCAAUUCUAAAGAAAUUAUAAAUCUAAUUAUACAUUUUUUAUUGUAUGUAUUGUAUUCGAUAAAACACUCAUAGAUAUAUAUCAUAUGUCGCGUAUAUCAUAUACUAUAUACACAUAUACUGAUGCGAAUCGGAUCUAGCCAAGAGGGCAGCCCAAGAAAUGCGAUUUUUAUUCGUUACUCUCUCCAAAUACUUUUUGUAACCUUAAAUUUAAAACCUAAAACCAACAAAAACCAAAAACCAAAAAACCAAAACCCAAACCUAAUCGAAGGGAAACGCACCAAUUACGAGUUAAACUACAACAUUUAUAAACCAUUUAUGGCAACAUACACUCAUACAUACAUACACUAGUAGACGUAUCUAUAAAUAUGUACAUAUAUACGAUGAUAUAUGUAUGUACAUAUGUUGAUACGGAUGUACGGAUAUGGAUAUGGAUAUGGAUAGACUACGCUACGCUCUUGAUUCUGUAAUUCAAUUUUUGGCUAAGCUAAAAGCAACCUUAACCUUAACCUUAUCUCUAACUCGAUCUCUAUAUCUAAAAAACUAAAACGUUGACUCGAAGCUAAAGCUAAAGCUAAAUCGAAAGGAAUAAUUAAAUUAAUGCUUGUUAACUUGUUUUACCGUAUUUAUUGUACACUAAUUACGUGCUCGUACAACAAUUAUAAUUGUAAUUCGAAUAUAUAUGUAUGUGUACAUGUAUGUAUUUACUUUGUAUACAAAAAAACGUAACGAAACGAAACGAAAUCCGAAACGAAACGAAAAGGAGCGAAACCGAAGAUAAUAUUGAUAAUAUGUAUGUUUGUAUUUAGCUAGUUUUUGUACGGUUUGUAUGCCCGAGGAUCCUCAGCAGAGUCCGCAUUAGCUUCCCCUCCCAUUCCCAAUUACCAAUUCCCAAUUCCCAACCAAAUCGGUCCCGCUUAGAGUUGAUUUCGAUAUAUUUAUCGUAUCGUUUCCCCGUUCGAUUUACGACUUGUGACGCGCAAAGACUGAUUCAUUAUACGCUCUACGGUAGCAGCAGUCCCUCUCCCAGGAUACCCCCGCCCACUCCGGAUUAUUGUAGUCUUCUUCUUUCGAUUGUUUUUGUCGCUAGACGCUCCGCUCCCCCUUAACAAUCAAGAUUAGUUAACGAAACUCGCAUUUAUUUUGGAUUCACUCGUUUACACUUGUUUGGAUUUGUAUAAAGAGGUUUUAACUCGAUUUGUAUGGGGAAUACCGCGUACACCUAAAUAUUAAUAACAUAAAUGGGAAUGUAUAAUACAUUAAAGCUGUGCAAAAGUCUCAAAGUUAAACCUAAACUCUUAAAACAAAACAAAAACACGAAACAUUUCUCAAUGUUGAACAUGUCGAGCAUCUCUACAUCUACAUCUGUAUGUAUAGAUAGAUGAGCAUAAACACACACACACACAUUUAACACCGUUUCAAGUUUAUCGUUCGCUCAUCGUUUAUCGCCAAGCAAUCGAUUGCAGAGCUCACUAUUCGUUGACGUAAUAAUCAAUUAAAAACGAACAAACACGCACAGAUCGAUGAUCGGUGAACAUCAUGAUCGUGUAACGGCCACAGUUUUUCUCUUCCAGUUUUUCUACUAAGAGCAAGCAUAUAACCAAUACGGUACGGGGCAUCUAGUCCCCUUACCACAUAACGUGCAGAUAUAUAAAUAUAAGCUAAUCACUAAGUUUUGGCGCCACUCUGUGCGAGGUUCUGUGCGUCUUUUUACUCUUUUUUACAUAGCAUAUACAUAUGUACUCGUACCAUAUACAUAAA